AUGGCAACAUCAAAUGAUCAAAUCAAUACCAAAUCAUCACAUUCUCAUGCGCUUCCCCUUUUCCUCAUCUGCUUAUCUUUCCUUCUCAUCAUUAGCCUUACAAUCCCCAUGACUCAUCAUCAAUCCACAUCUACGGCUGCUCCCUCCAAGAGGGUUCUUCUCGAAUCUUCGGCUCCAGCUUCAUCGACAUUGGAUCUGCGUCCAAAGGCUCGCACACGAGGCAGCCGCAGUUCUAGAAGAAGAGAGUUUGGAAAUGAUGCUCAUGAAGUUCCUAGUGGUCCAAACCCUAUUUCCAACUAG